AUGAACCUUGGAGAGAAAAAUGAGGAGAGUGUGAUAGACGAUUCUCCGAAGACACAACAGCAGACCAACUACGCUUCCGGUUCACCGCCGCCUCGAAGAUCCAAAGCUCAACCACUACAGUCUCCUAUGGAUACAGACUCUCGGCGCCAAACUACUACUUCUCGAAGACCGAAAGGCAAAUUAUGGACACCGGAUCAAGACUCACUAUUCACAAGAUCAUCAUUCGAUCCGUCAAAUAUCGCGUCUAUUCAAGCAAAUAAAACACGGGCUCAGGCGAUGAAACCAGGCGCACACAGAUCAAUCAAAUCUUCCCCUCAGCUUAUGCCAAGAUCAGCCCCUCAUCUAAAUCAUGAAUCGAAGCCUCAGGGUGAAGAUUAUACCAUUAUUCUUCAGCCAGAAACUAGACCGAUAUCACAGGUGCAGCUCGUAGCUGAAGUGAAGGGCAUCUAUGCAGACCUUGUCAUGGUAGAGGCAAAGUGCAUAGAAGUGGAUAACAAACAAGCUGGCUUGACACAAGGCGAUUCUUCGCAGCCGAAGCUCAAUAACGAGCAAUGGCAAUUCUACUACUACGCAAAAUCUCUUUAUACAGUAGUGCCAUUCACUUCUGUACACAAAUCGAUCCUUACACUCUUCGACCCUGUUCUUAACGUCGAAAAUAGCCAGAGCCAAUAUCAAUUACCUCCUCUCGAUACUGCUUUUAUCAAAGCUCAUACUCACCUGUUCACGAAUCGAACCAUGGACAGAUUUGACAUAGCAAUUAAAGAGUUCCUUGGGCUUCUCGAUAUCCUAGGCUUCGGUUCAAAAGAAAACCCUAUCAUGAAAGUCAUAGCACCACCACCCGCAGCUGACAAGACUGAUAUUCACUUGGAGGGUACUGAGGAUGAAUCUUCUCCUUCUAUGGUUGCUUUUAGGCACGCGGAGGGGCUUAACAACUCUGCACUUGAUAUUGUUCUUCAUUGA